AUGGCAUCUAGAGUUCCUUUAAUUGCCAACGGUGGUCCACUAAUAUUUCGUCAAUUAUUUGAGAAGAUUUCCUCUACUUACACUUAUCUGUUAGCUGAUUCACAAACCAGAGAUGCUGUCAUAAUAGAUCCCGUUUUGGAAACUGUUGAACGCGAUAUGAAACUUUUGUCUCAGUUGAAUCUCAAGCUGGGUCCCAUAAUAAAUACUCAUCUGCAUGCAGAUCAUGUUACUGGCAGUGGGCUGUUAAAACGAAUUCCCGGGUCUUUCAGUGUACUUUCUCAUUAUGAGGGGGCCAAAAGUGAUAUAGAGGUAAAACAUCACGAUGUUAUUAAGUUUGGGAACUUUGAGUUGGAAUGCCGAAGUACUCCAGGACACACAAUAAGCUGUAUGACUUUGGUAUUACACUCUGCUGGUAUUGCGUUUACUGGAGAUGCACUUCUGAUUCGAGGUUGUGGAAGGACUGAUUUUCAAGGAGGUUCGGCCGAAACUCUCUAUGACUCUGUUCACUCACAGAUCUUCACUCUUCCAGAUGAUUAUAUAUUGUUCCCUGCUCAUGAUUAUCUGGGCCAUACAAUGACUAGUGUUGGUGAAGAAAAAGCCUACAACCCCCGACUGACAAAAUCAAAGCAAGAAUUUGUUAAAAUUAUGAAUGAACUGAAUCUUCCCCGGCCAUUACAGAUGGAUCGGGCAAUUCCACUGAACAUGAAGUGCGGUAUUAAUGAUGAAUAGUAAAACACUAGGCAAUUUUAUCAGCAUACCAUUUCUUUCCCCCUUUGUCUAGAUAUUUUAAAAGCAGCCUAGAUAGAUGAAUAUAUAAUAUACUGAAGUACUUGUUUGAG